AUGUCGUUGAAUGAUCUCGUUGAAAUGUACAAUCAAAAGUUGAAUUCUAAUGGUGGUCGAUCAACAAUUGCUACUGAUCCAUCACAUCAUACUCCUCAAUCAACAUUUACAAUGAAUACAGGAUUUGACUCUCUCGCUGAUACAACAAAUCCAUUUAUUAAUAAUAAUAAUAAUAAUAUUGCUUUUACGGAAAAUGUAUCAUCAGCAUUAUUUGAAGCGGAUUCAUAUCGUUUUCAUCUAAAUGAUCGUGUACUUGCUGGUGAAAUAAUUCGACCACCAACAAAUAAUUCUCCACGUAUUGAAAAUAUUAAAUAUGCUGAUACACUUGUAUUUUCAUCAAACGAUGCAAUUGAUGAUUAUGAAAAUAAUGAAGAAUAUACAACAAGAUAUCCUGACAUUAAACCAAAAUUAACGAUAAUAAGUGCUCAACAGGCACUAAUACCACCUGUCGAUAUGUUUACAAAUCCAGGAGAACAAAUUCAACAUUUAGUACAACAAGGAGUAUUACAAAAUUUGCAUGGUUACAUAAGGUAUCCAUACAAUUAUAUUGAACCUCCUUGGUAUUUUUCUCAAUUAGAUGAACAACAAGGUUUUGUUAAUCUUACACCACCUCGAAGUUUUUUAACCGCUCAAGAUCUUGCAUUUAAUUCAAUCGAUGACUCCUAUAACAUCCAAUUACCUCCUGGAGUUCCUCAAAAUGCUAUUUCACAAGAUCGUUAUGAAAUAAUUCCAUUACCUAAAAUGGUUUAUGAAAAUUUUGUUCCACUAAUUGCAACACGUCGCAUUGUUUGUCGUCGACAAAUAUCUGAACGUGUUGCAGGCGAACCAACUUUUCAACAGAUAGCAAAUUCUUCUGUAAUGGCUUCAAAAUUACCCGAAGUUGCAGAAAUGACAGUUCACGUUUAG